AUGCAAUUUAUAAAUAUUGGUAGCUUAUUCCUUGGACGAAAGUUUUUAGAUACAUUAAGAACUUCUAAAUUAAUAAAUAAAUCGGGAGCUGAACUAAAGGUCGUCACAGUGCAAAGGGUCGUCGCCGUCCAACAAGAAUUUAAACUGGAAAGCGCCAGCUCCGAGCCGCAAGCCGACGGGGCGUCAGAGAACGAAGGAGCCGCCUCCACCUUCAACGAGACAACAGCAAGUACCAUCAGCCGCUGCUAG